AUGUUGUUCUUUCAAGUAAUCUUCACAAUCGUAUCGUGCAUUUCGUUAAUAAAUACUAUCUUAGAUGAUGAUAUUCUAUAUGAUAUUAAAUGGCAACCAGAAUUACAUUCCCCAAUUGAAUUGAAAAAUAAUUUUAUUAUUACAUCAAAACGAAAAGAAAAAUAUUCAUGUGUCUUACCAACACUUCAAACAACAGAUACAAGAUCAACAGAAACUAUUUUAUUAAGUGAAAUCGAACCAUUAAUAGAAAAAUUACAUGCUAAAAACCUAUGUACUUAUCGAUUAGAUCCAUAUUGGACGUAUGAAUUAUGUCAUGGUAUACAUAUUCGACAAUAUCACGAAAGUAAAGUAGCUGAUAAAAGAACAAUCCUUCAAGAAUAUUUUCUCGGUUAUUAUCAUUCAAAUAAUCAGGAUAUAAUUACGAAUACUGACAAUCAACAAGUAUUAAAGAUUCAUUAUAAAACUGUUAAUAAUCAAAUAAUACCAAUGUUACCGAUUCGAUAUACAGAUGGAACAAAAUGUGAUAUUAAUUCAAAUCAACCACGUGAAACACUUGUUUUCUAUGGUAAAAUUUUAUUUUUUUAUUUCGUAUUUAUUUUUGUGUACUCAAAAAAGUCCAAUCGUGAUGAAAUUUUCUACACAGUUCAGUCUUAA